CUUAAAUUUGAAACAAUUCAAGCUAUUGAGAGUAUUAUUCUUUAUUAGCCACCCUUGGAUGUACAAAAAUAUUGUGGAUCUUGUCCAUUUGAGAUAUUUACCUCCAGCUCUUCAUAAACAAAAUAUUAUGGAACUGUUCAAGGCUUGGAAUCUUCAAACACUAUAUAUUCGUGCAUUUGAUAGGAACUAUUUGGAGUUUCCACAACUGCAAUAUUUUUGUUGUUUAUUUAUUACGGGACAUCCUCCCAAAUAUGUUCAUCAAAACUUGCAGAGUCUUUCUUGGUUGAGGCCUAAUCAUUGCACAAAAAACUUCUUUACACAUGUUCCAAACUUAAAGAAGAUACGGAUUUUCGGUGAAAAAAUUGAGUGCAAUGAUUGCAUCGAGAACCUUGUCGGUUUACAGCAGCUGGAGAGACUGAAUAUUCAUGGUAAUAGAUGGCAUUAUACGAUUCCAAAAAUGAUCCAGAUUAAUAGCCAUAUUGUUCUCUUGAAAAGCCUUAAGAGGUUAAAAUUUCGAAGUACUUGUUUUGGGUGGAAUGGAAUUAAUGUUCUUUGCAAGUUGCCUAGGUUGGAGGUGCUCGAGUUAAGUGGUGCAUGUGUAGGCGAAGAGUGGGAGCUACCAGAGGAUGACAAAUUCUGCCAGUUAAUUGUUUUGAAAAUUGGUGCAACUAAUCUCGAGGAUUGGAAAGCCACUGGUGAUCAUUUUCCAAAACUUGAGCACCUCUCCCUUUUUUCAUGCAAGGAACUGAAAGAGAUCCCCAGCGAGUUUGCAGAAAUUUCAACAUUGAAAUCAAUCCAAUUAAGGCGCUGCCUUCCUUCUGUGGUGGCUUCAGCCAAGGAAAUAAAGGAAGAACAACUUGAUUAUUUGAAUAAUAUUGUGAAUGUGGUUGUGACGAAGCAACAUGCAAUGGCUACUAGCUUUCCGGUUUUUGAGCAUUGAUGAGUAUGAUGAAGCUUAGUUUGAUGGAUGAAAUUGAAUUGUGCCAGAACAGUACAAGGAGAAAAGCUUGAGAAAAGAAGAGUAGAGAAAAAUGGGUAUGCAUGCAUGUCUAUCUAUCAUUGUGAAUCAUAAAAUUUGACCUUGCAACAUUGUAUGAGAAAGCAUUGCAUCA